CUCUCUCUCUCUCUCUGUCUAUCUCUUCUAUCUAUUUCUCUUUCUCUUUCUAUCCUCUAUCUCUCUCUCUCUCUCUCUCUCUAUAACAUGAUUUUCCUUUCUCUUCCUCCUCCACCACCAGCAUAGGGAGAGAAGAGAGGAAAUCACCCUCUCUUCCUCAUCUUCUUUCUUCCCCCAAUUCCUUUCAAAACACCCUCACUCUCUUUGUCUGCUUUAGCUCUCUUUGGGAGAAUAGCCUGGAGUUUUUCUUUCUUUUCUUUUUUUAUUAUUUAUUUUUCGUUUUCUCUCUUUCGAUGGUUUUUCUCGUCGGGAGGUAGUUGAUUUUUAGUUACUGAUUCUAACAACUCUUUCUGUAAGCUCUCUCUUUUCGCUUUCGCUAAGCAAGAGAUAUAUAUAUAUAUAGAGAGAGAGAGAGAGAUAGAGAGAGAACCACCAUGGCGGUUGCUUUUGAGGGAUUUUCGAUCCGAGAGUACGCGGCGAAGAUGAGGAGCGUCGACGUGGUGAAAUGCUGGCCGUUCUCGGAAGAGUUGUUGAAGAAGAGAGAAGCGGUAGAGGAAUUGCUGCCUCCGAUCGCCGUCGCCAAGUACAAGUGGUGGUCCCACGAGCUCAAACUCUUGCGAUCCGACCAGACCAACAUCGACGACAAGGAAAGCUCCAGAAAUGAGAAAUUGGUGGUGGUUGUGGAGGGAAAACAAGCUGGUGAGAAACUGGAGGAGAAAUCCGAGAUGGUUUGCCCGGUUUGCCGGGUUUUCGUGGCGGCGACGGUGAACGCUGUGAAUGCUCACAUCGAUGAUUGUCUCGCUCAGGCUUCGAAAGAAGAAAGGAGACAGAUGAAGAAAGCCAUGAAAGCCAAAUCCAAAGCUCCCAAGAAGAGAUCCAUAACUGAGAUUUUCGCUGUCGCGCCUCAGAUCGAUACAAUUGAAGAGGAUUUCAGCGAUGGGAAUGAAGGAAGUGAAGAAGGAGCAAAUGAGAAAGAUGAAGAUGAAGAUGCUAAUAAUGAUGAUGAACUGGCUGAUGAUUUCAACGUGCUGAGUGUGAGCACGAGUAGUAAUGCUGCUUCUCAAAUUAUGAAGAACAAGAAGAAAACUACGAAGAAGAAGAAGAAGGAGAACAAAAGGGCAUAUGAGGAAAUCAACAACAGGAAGUUGAACAGCAAGAAGAAGAAGAUGAAGAUGAUGAUGAAGAAGAAGAAAAGGAAGAACAAUGUUGGGUCUAUCACAAAGAAGGGUGAUACUCAUAUUUUCAAACUUCAAAAUCCAGUCAACUUUGCCAAAAAGCUAACUAAGAGGUUUGCAGUGGAUAUCUUAAAGACUGCUCCAGUUUGUGAAAAUAAACAUACUUUGAAAUGCUUAUCUAAACACAAGAUGCAAAAAGCUGUUGAAACAUCCAAGUUGGUCAAACAGAGCCAAGAACCAGUCUUUCCUAUUCGCAGCAUUCUCAAGAAUCAUGCAAUUUGUGGGCAGAACACCAAUAUGCAGUGUGAUACUCAAGCAAAUUCUUGUUGUAUUCAACAAUCAGAAAGGCAUGUGAGGUUUUCAGGCAAGGAUGACAUACUCAGUCCAAGGAAGAAAGACUUUUUUCCAUCUGAGCAGAGCACUGACAACUCACUUUCAGAUGCCUUUGCUACUUCAUCGGAAAAGGUACAAUGCACUGAUAAAACAGUAGCAGCUAUGGAGGUAAAUGGAAGUGAUGAUGAUGUUUCCAUUCGCAUGGAUUACGAGACUCAGAUUCACACUGUGACUGGAAGGAAACAACCUGAUAUUUCUGAGGAUGUUGAUAUACCAAGUUCUUUGAGGCCACAUGUAACCAAUCAAGGAAAAGUGAAGCAUUUUGCUAAGAAAACUGUAGCCCAAAGUCAGGGUCCAAUUGAUGAUAAUAAUUUUCAAAGGUAUGAUCAAGGUUGCCCUAUUGCUUCUCAUAGAUCUGGAUUUACCGGCAUUCCUGGUUUCCUUUCUGAAUUGGAGGGACCCUGCAUAAAUACUCAAGUAGGUAGCAAUAUCUCCAGAACUUUCAAUUCCAGGGGAAAGCUGGCUAAUCAUGUCCUAGAUCCUAGCCAUAGAGUUUCUGAAAUUGCUUCAAUUGUGAAUACAAGGGCAUUUCCUGAGCCUUCAUCUUGCUUCACUUUAAAUGAAAAUGCAAACUGCCAGAGGCUUCAGUUGCAGUCACAGUCAGCUGUGGAAAAAAUUAAUGGUCAAACUUUGCAGUACCAGCCAUUUCGUUGCCCGUCUCCUAAUGAUCAAUCUUUCCAGUACCAACCAUUUCGUUGCCCGUCUCCAAUGGACUUGAUGGGUGGCAUAUCUCCAUUUCCCGAGUGGAAACAUAAUACAUUUUCCUGGAGAGAGAAGUGUAUGGAUCAAGACUUUUUUGGUUUACCUCUCAAUUCACAAGGUGAGUUGAUCCAGUCAAGUUCAAGGGGUAAAGGUGCAGUUAACCAGCUGAGGGAGACAAAUACAGUUGCUGGGUCUCCCAGUAGCUUUCCUGCAUGCGGUAUUUCCCAACACAGAAGUACCAGGGAUUAUUUAAGUCUGAAUAACAAACAUUUUGUGGUAAGAGAACUUCCAAUUAUGGUAAGAGAACUUCCAAAUGAUCACUUAAAUCUGUUUCCUGUGCAGAAUUAUGUUCAUGAGAAUCCUACUUUACAUAUACCAGCUAGGUUAGGUGUUACUUAUUUGGAAAGUACAGGGAGAGCUGAUAAUCAUCAGCUCGAUUAUGAGAGAGGAAGCGACCGGACUUUUCAACCAGUUGGUUCAGACCUGAACCUGAUGAAUAUGUCUUUCAGUGGAAGCAGGCAAUAUGACCUGAUGGAGAAGCAAAAGCCAAAUGGAACACUUCAUCCGAAGGAAACAUCAUCUAAGAUGGUAUCUAAUACCAGCCAACCAACAAUGCGUCUGAUGGGUAAAGAUGUUGCAAUUGGUAAAAGUAGCAAAGAGAUGCAAGGUUAUGAGGAUGAAAAGGUUUGGACUGAUAAGGAAAUGAUUACAGAACAUUGUCAAUCUAACACUAGCCUGGAUAAUUCCUCAUUGAACAGAACUUUUCAACACGAGUGGUUUCCUCAAACUGUGUCAGGAAAGUCAAAAGAAAGUAUAGCCCCAUGUUUGGAACUUAGCAGUGGACAAGCCCCGCAAAGUAAUAUACUGAUGACAUCUCCAGGGACAAGUUUUCCUCACCCUUACCUCAAUUGGCAAACAAAUGCAUCAUUUCCAAGCAGUAGCCUUGCUUCCACUGCUAGUCCUAGUUCUAAUUUGCUCCCGUUUACUCAAAUUCCUACUUCUCACACGAUGUUAAAUCAGGCAUCGAAUUUACAGGAGCUCUUCAUAUCUGGGGCUGAAUCUAUACGACUUGGUUCUCAAUUACCAGUACUAGCUACUCCACAAGAUACCUGCGAGCAUGUGCAUUGGAGACCAUCUGAACUUCCUUACAAGCAGAAUCUUCCUCAUUUUACAAAACCAGGGUUUGACUUUCCAUUCGUAGAUCCAGAUUCUAGAGUCAACGCCCAAUCAUCAUGGUUUCAGAGCUGCACGAAAAGCCUGCCUUCUUGGUUGUUACAUGCAACACAACAGGGGAAUACACCUAUUAUCUCCUCUCAAUCAUUUUCCAGUGUGGGAAGCAAACACCAUCAGCACAUUUCCUCCGGAACAAACAUUCUCAAUAACCCAUCUGUUUAUCAUCAAGCAGAAGGAAGUUAUUCUCACAAUUCCGUGCCUUCACAUUCACAAGGGAAGAGCGCACUUGGUCCGUCACCUAUAGUUCUCCCCCCACUUGUUCCGGUCAUUCCUGGGGCAAAACAGGCUUCUUCAAUCAAUGUUGCCUAUAGAAACAGAAUGAAGGUCAAAGACAGAUUGAAAUCGAAAGCUUUAGGUGUCAAAGACCUUUAUCCUUGCAAGAAAAGCAAGAAGAGACAGGCACAUAAAGCACUUGAUUCGAUAAAAUCCUCCAGAAUACUUGACCAAGAAGCAAAUUUGAGUGCAAGGAGCGGGUCCAUAAUAGAGAAUCUUAGCAAUGAAAUGCAAUACAAUUGGAGAGCACAUGACCCUGAUUCAAACAGGAGCAGAGGAAGUAUCAAUGGAAUCAUAACCUCUGACAAUGAGUCUCCUAAAGUGGAUUAUAUGGCAAGAUCAGGUCCUAUUAAACUAAGUGCAGGAGCAAAGCAUAUCCUGAAGCCAAACCAAAAUAUGGAUCAGGACAAUUCCAGGCCAAUCCAUUCUACCAUCCCUUUUGCUUCAGUAACUAAUGGUAGUAGGGCACCGGAGUACCAGAACAAAGCAACUAAGAUCUACAGGUUUUAGAAGAACAAACAUCCUUGAUAUGGGAGAGACUCUUCAUAUCUGACCAUUUGAGCUACUGGCUUCAAACAAAAUCAAGCUCUCUGCACCUUUCAAUACGAGGUUCAAACAUAUGGGUAAUAUAUAUGACCAUGAAAUGGUUUAGAGUCUAUUAAAAUAUUGCCCAAUUGUUUGUUCACUUGUUAGCGUUUGAUUCCCGGCACCAGCUUUUGCAAGAUGUAGCAUUUGUAAUGCUAUGAUAGUUGAAUAGUGGCUUUAGCUUUUGUUAUGCUUGGCUGACAACAUAAGUUGUUCUUUUCUUUUCUUUCAGUUACAUUUGAUCCUAUAAUUGUAUUGUAUCUGAAGUUUGGUGAUGGAGUUAUAAGGAUUAUCCUGAUUGUAAGAAUCUAUGAACAAAAUAUAUAUUUUCCACUGUAAUGCUUAAUUAUGGGAUGGAUAUGUAAUUAUUGCCAGUAUUGAACAUUAGUAAUAUAUAUUAUCCCUUGAAUGUUGCAUGA